UGCCAGUCUAGACACAGCCUAUAAGUUUAGCUGAUUAAAAUAAUUAUGGUUAUCAGUAGUAUUUUGUUUUAUUUUUAGUUUUCUUUUUGUAGGCAAUUUUUGUCCCAAUUAUCACUAUAGUCAUAAAAUAAUUUUAGCUCCAGUUACUAUAUAAUUUAAGUUAAUGACAUUUAUUUUAACAAUGGUGAUUUUCAUCAUUAGAGCUAAUGAAAGACGUGCUGUGUGUGAGCAAUCACACAACUUAGUAUUUAUGACUCAGGAUAGGCCUCCUACAUUUAAAAAAAACCCGCAAGAGCUUAAGUGAUAGGCAUAAUAAGAACCAACAUCAUAAUCCUUAGCCUGUCAAUAGUAUUAGGCGUUCUUAAUUAAAGCAGAUGUGUUUCAAUUGGAGACUAGUAUCUUUCAUAUGUGCCCAGUGCAUGCUACUUACAGAGACUGCUGAUGCUGUGUUUCAGCUGUUUAUGUGUUACAUUUUUCUUCCCUUUUAUUGCAGCUCUUUCUUUUAUGCCUUCCUGAAUCUGCUGAUCAGCGUCUUUGUGGUUUUUGUCAUCUUUAUUGCUAGCACUAUAGUGACUGUAGGAUUUAACAUGUGGUGUGAUGCUGUUACUGAAAAAGGAAGCAUGCCAAAUAGCUGUGAAGAACUACAGGAUAUAGAUCUUGAACUGAACUUAGAAACUUCUGCCUUCUAUGAUCAGUUUGCUAUUGCACAGUUUGGUCUCUGGGCUGCCUGGCUGACUUGGCUGGGAAUUACCAUUUUGGCCUUCUUGAAGGUUUAUCACAACUACAGGCAGGAAGACCUGCUAGACAGCCUGAUCCACGAGAAGGAGCUGCUGCUAGGACGCUCCUCUUCACGAACCUUUUUGCAGGAUGAGAAAAGUGGCAUGAUCUAAUGUGUAAGCCACUCAACAGCACAGGUUGUUAAUUUUGUAGUUCAUUGCCACUAGCUGAAAUCAAGAGAAUUGGUGAGUGUGUGAAAUCAUUGCUUUCCCGAACAGAAAUUUAAUUUAGAAUUACACAAUCCUUCAAUGAAAAAUUGUCAGAAGACAUAUUUCUGUUAGGAUAUUUACUUUCCUGUACAUAUUGGGAGCAGAACUAAGGCUGUGAAUAAAGAUGGCUGUUACUAUUGGGAUUCUAUCAUGCAUAAGAACGGUGCUAGCAAAACCUUGCUUAAGACCACAAGUUUAAUAUGGGUGAUUUUAACACCGUUCUAGCUAGCACUGCUUUAGUCCACAUAGUGAUAGGACCUUUUCUACCCCAACGUUUUCUGUAUAUGUACAAAAUAUAGAGAACAGUGUUAUAACCCCAGCUCCUCUUUGAUUUGAUCACUUUAGAACAUGUAGAGCAAUGUACCUGACUAUAUACUUAACAUUAGAGUGACAUUCAUACAAUGAUAAGUUAUUACAGUAUCUUAUAAAAUAUGCUGUAUAUUUUUGGAGGGAUCAUAGAGCCUAUUUUUGUUUUUGUUUUAUCUUAGACUUCAGCAUGGCCAGCAUUUAUUACCGUGUAGUAAAAUGUUAUUUAACUAGCAGUAACUGUAGCUUGCAUAGUAAGAGAUUAAUCUUAAUAUAUUAUAUUAAUGCUUGCUCAUUCAUAUAUGCAAUUUGAUCUCUAGGACUAUAUACUAUUCAACUUCAAGCAUUAGAGUUUACUUGUGCUAUUUAUCUCAAACAGGAUAUGUGAAAUUAUUAUGAAUAGCUGCUUAUUAGCUGUAUGAAUGUCUCUAUUAGUAUAGUAAAUGCAAAAACAGCUCAGUAAUCAUAUAGUUGAUUCUUUUAUGAACUGGGUUAUUCUCUCCUCCCCUUCCAUUGGCCAGAAGCCUUUAAUAAUUGCUCUAGGGGUCAGUAUUGCUACCCUGUAAAGGGAGCAGAGCUGUUAACUUUAUGAAGUCCAUGAGGGAUUUGCGAUUGCUCUUGAUUUUACCUGGAAAGUGCUCAGAUGCUAGGAUAAUUACCAGGGUGAGCUUGUAAAAACCCUAAAAUAGAUAAAACAAUUAGGAAUAUAGAUAACUCAGAUGGCAGUGGAAUUAUUAAUGCUUGAGAAUGAAUGCCUUGUUAGUAUAGAGAGAAACAAGGUAGAUGAGGUCAUAUCUUUUAUUGGGCCAACUUCUGUUGGAGAAGAGACAAUCUUUUGCGAUUACAAAGAACUCUUCCUCAGGUCUGAAGAAAGCUGAAGAUGUGCUCUGUGUAAGCUUGAAAGAACCAACAGAAACUGAUUCGAUAAAAGAGUUAGCUCUCAAAUAUCCUGAGACCAAUAUGGCUACAACAACACUUCAAACCAUAAUUGUUAGUGUACAUUUCUAGUCAUCAGGUACAAUAGGAAUCUGAGGCCCCAGUGUAGCAAAGUGCUUAAUUUUAAGUAUGUGACUAAUCCCACUGAUUUCUGUAAACUGCUGAAUCACAGUCACAAAAAUCACCCAGACUUACAACAGUUCUCUUGCAAAGAUUUUGUUGUAUUUGAGAAUCUAAGAGUCUGUGUAUAGACUAAUGAUCAAAUUGUUCCCAUAUGAGAGAAAAACCUAUGUAGGGGAUGUGAGGCUCCAUGAAGUGUUCAGUCAAAGAACCCACAUCUUUCAGAGCUCCAAUAAUUACCAAAGAUCAGAUCUGUUUUCACAAGGUUUCCAGAAGCAAGAUCCAUCUGCUCAGAGGCCCUGUUACCAUGUUCUGGGUUCCUAGCCACAAAGGAACACAGUUCCUGCAAGAGCUGCACUGCCGUAGCAUUCUCCAGUUGUGAACGCAUAUUCCCACAGGUGCUGACUGCCUUGCACCAAUCCACUGUUUCCCAAAAAGAAGGGAACACUUGGCCCACAAUUUUUAGUCUGGUUUUGUAGAGCAUUUUUAUUCUAGGAAUUAAUGCUCUAUCGCUGUCCCAUUUAUUCUUCAGCUCAGUAGACUAAAUCUGGGAUUUUCAAAAGAGACUAAGGGAGUUGCAAACCCAGUAGGAUUCGGGCAUCUAACUCCCUAAAUUCCUUUUGACAACCCCAGCCCAAAUUAAUAUUAUACAAACAGAUGAGCAAAUGUCUCUAUUCAACUGAAGCUUCCUGCUUUCAAAACUUAUUUUUGAUACUUAAUUUCUCCAGGAUCUUAAUUUAUCCUCAGUUGCCUGUUGACAACAGUUCACUGAGUACAAUAAAAGAGAAAUUUUGGGUCAGAAACAUUUAAGCUAGCUUGUUAAAUGUGAAAAAAUGCAGAAGACCACUCUAAAGCCAGCGGGCAGAGUUAAUUCACAUCUAAAUUACUCUGGUUUCCACUCUGGACCAGGUGGAAUAAAUUGAUGUAGCUAGUUAAGAUGGUUCAUUAAGGAGGGGUUUAAAAGCAAGGCACUUUUCAAGGAAAGCUCCCUAGUAGUUGGAAGGACGAGGACAGAGAUAAGCAGCUAUGAAGCUAGUUUAUAGAAGGCAAACUUCUGAGCUAGAUUGUCAGAAGUAGUUUAGUUUUAAUCUAGCUGAGCCUGCCUUUUUGCUUGAGAACAAUUUUGCUCUAGUUUUCAGCCUGAGAGAGUUCUCUGUCAGCUCAUAUUCUAAAGAUGAAAUACCCAAGCCAAACUAGUUGUGCCAAAGUGAGAGUUAGGGCAGAAAAUGUAGCCUUGGAAGAGAAUGCAAACUUACUCUUUUACAUUUUGCAGUAUCCAAUUUAAACUCUUUCCAGCUGUAAAUUAUCAGGGCACUGUUGAGUUAGGCUUUGAUAGAAAUGCUCCAUUAUUUAUGCAUCACCAUUCUUUGUCCUUUCAAAUUCUUCUUUAAUUUAUAUUAUCCAAAACCAUGCCUGAGAACCCUAGGGCUGCGUCCAGACUGGCAAGUUUUUCCAUUAAAAGCAUUUGCGGAAAAUCAUGCCAGUCUAGACAUAGCCUAGUUGUUUAAGGAGGUUGUACAGUGAAUGUAAACGAACUCAGUACUUUUUGGAGGGAUUGUAAGGAGGAAGUGCUUCAGUUUAUUUUAUGUAUUUAUGUGUUUAAUUUUGUUAUUCCCUCCCCCUAGAUGGCUACUGCGACUGCCCAUAACAAAUAUGUAGAUACCUGUCAGGGGCUUAAAAGACCUUAAAAAUACCUUGCCUUUAUAAGUUUUUGCUUAAAAGCUCCCCAAGGCCAUAGAUGCCCUGGCCUCGGGAGGUAGCUGCCAUCACCAAGUGAAACAAAAGAGACCCCUUUCUUCUUGAACCCAGGAAGGAAGCACUUGGACUUCUUCCAGAGGGGUAUCCCCAAGCUCUUUUACCACAAGAGAACUUGGAAAAAAGAGAAAACAAACUGUAGUCUCUGGUAGCUGACGUCUCAGCCAUAGGCACUCAUACACAGACACAGACCUGUUCCUUCCAGGACACACAAAUCAAAUCAUUGCCUUAAAAAAGGUGAGUUUAUUAACAAAACCAAAAAGAUAUACUUGCUAAAGCAUACUUGGCUGCUAGAUGUUACAGAGCAACUAAGAAAAGAGCAGAUUAUAACACAGAGAAAAAAUUAAAUCUCUGGGCACAGCUUAAAUAGUAAAUGGUGGGUGGAGGCAGAGCAUGUGGAUUUUACAUAGAGAAGUUUUACCAAACAUAAAAUAGAGAAAAAUAACCUGAUCAUGACUAAAUAUACAUUUUCCCUCUACUCAUGGAUCAGCAUACUUCAAGGUCCAGUUCACUCCCAUGUCCAAUAUUUUUAUAGGCAUGGUAAUUUUGAUUACUGCAUCUGCUCCCUCAAGCCCUUAGUUUGGAAUUUUUACACAAAGAGAGCAGGCAAAGUAUCUAUAUGCAAUUCACAUUUCAGCACUGUAUCCCAUUGGUUCUUCUGGCCCCCUACCAAUGCCCUUACUAGCUACCUAAGUUUAACCCUGACCAGCACUCCUAUUCAUCACAAUACCCUAUUUCAGAAUGUAGUUUGCAUUUAUUUUUCAAAUAGAUAUUCUGAUGCUUAAAUCAGAUUCAAAAGACCAGACCACCUUUUCGGCCUACAGAAAAUGGCUGAUAGUAACACAGGUAGAGUUUACAG